CAAAGCCUUAAAAUGAACGAGCGAACAGUUUGUGUGACUGGAGCAGGAGGAUUCAUUGCUUCCUGGCUUGUCAAGAUGUUACUAAGCAAGGGCUAUACUGUUAGAGGAGCAGUCCGUAAUCCUGAGGAUGGCAAGUAUGAACAUCUAAGGAGAUUGGAAGGAGGCAAAGAGAGGCUUCACCUUGUCAAAGCUGACAUUCUUGAUUAUGGCAGUCUUCCUGAAGUUAUUAGAGGAUGUGAUGGUGUGUUCCACAUGGCCUGCCUUCUCACAGAUGACCCUCAACAAGUGAUAGAACCAGCAGUGAAGGGGACAGUCAAUGUGUUAGAAGCCUCUGCAAAAUGUGGAGUGAAGAGGAUUGUGUUCACCUCUUCAAUAGGUGCAAUUUACAUGGACCCAAACAGAGAUGCCCACCUUGUGGUUGAUGAAAACUGUUGGAGUGAUUUAGAUUAUUGCAUUCAAACCAAAAACUGGUACUGCUAUGCCAAAACUCUGGCAGAGAAAGCUGCAUGGAAGAUGGCCCAAGAGAGGAAUUUGGAUAUGGUGGUGGUUAACCCAUGUUUGGUUUUGGGUCCUUUGUUGCAGUCUUCCAUCAAUGCCAGCACUGCUCAUAUUAUGAAAUACUUGACUGGAUCUGCAAAAACAUAUGCAAACUUAACUCAGGCAUAUGUGGACGUAAGAGAUGUUGCAGAGGCUCAUAUAUUGGUCUAUGAGACACCAUCAGCCUGUGGGCGAUAUCUGUGUGCAGAAAACAAUUUGCACAGAGCUCAACUAGUCCAAAUGUUGGCCAAAUUGUUUCCACAAUACCCAUCUCCUACAAAGUGUUCAGAUGAGAAAAAUCCAAAGAAAGAGCCUUUUAAAUUCUCUACUCAGAAGCUCAGAGAUCUAGGUCUUUCAUUUACGCCUAUAAAUAAGUGCCUGAUUGACACAGUAGUGAGCUUACAGGACAAGGGCUUUCUUCCUUAGAUGUUAUGUGUAUAAUAAUGAAAUUUUCAGUUCCCAUGUCCUGGUUUUUCAAUAUACCCAGAAUACUCUACUACUUUAACUGAUGUAAAACUAUUUCCUACUUUAACUAGGCCCAGUUGAAAUGUAGAGCUUCAGCAUUUUACUAGUUUAGAAAGUACUGUAGUAUAUAUUUUAAAUAAAAUAUUGAAUAAAGUAUAUAUAUUUUUAUUGGA